CAUCAUUUUAAAAGUUCAUUGAAAGGUCUAACUGAAUUUUAAUAUAUUUAUAAAAAAAAAUAUAUAUGAAAAUAAAAUAAUUUGUGUGCAUGCAGUACAUUGAAAAGACUGAUAAUUUUGUUGAAAUAAAAAUAAAUUAAAUAAAGACAGUGAUAAGACAGAGACUGAUUUGAGGCUGUUGAUCACGUUAACAAGAAUUAUGGGCUCCCGACGGGUCCAAAUCAUUUGCUUAUUGGCAUGUCUUGUGAUUCAUUCGUCUGUUGCUGAAAAAUGCAAACCUUCCACCUGCUUCUCAAACAAUAAAUCUCCAGUAUACAAUCCUAAAUCCGGUCAGCAAUAUACAUAUGAUUUUGAAUCAACGGCAACAGCUCAACUUGUAAAUAAGGAGUCCGUUGAGACAUCUGUAGCGAUUCGUGGCCAAGCAGUCAUUACAGUUGGAGAUAACUGUGGUUAUACAUUGACAUUACAAAAUGUAAUCGCAUCCGGUGCUGAUAAUGCUAAACAAGUUAUUAAAGAUUUUGUAACACAUCCCGUGCAAUUUACGCUGUCUGGUGACGAGCUCUUAGCAGAAAUCUGCGCUGAUGACAAGGAUGGAACCUUCAGUUUGAACGUUAAACGUGGUAUUAUUUCAGCUUUCCAAAAUAGUGUUGGACGCAAUACUGAAAUUGAUAUUUUUGGAAAAUGUCCAGUUACAUCAUCACAAUCAACAUCUGCUGGAAUCACAACAGUCACAAAAUCACGAGAUCUUGAUAAUUGUGCUUACCGUGAAAAGUUUGUUAAUGGAUUAAUGCAAGGUGUUGUGUCUGAGUCAUCAAAUAUUAAAACAACUCCAUUGGUCAACGGAAAAGUUACAACAGAAGCCAAAUUCCAAAAUGAUAUACUUCAAUCAUCAGAAAUUAAGGAAAUUUACAACUACCUCCCAUUUAGCACAAAAGAUCAUGGUGCUAAAGCAAAAGUAACGACAAAAUUGAACUUGAAGAAAACUGCAACCGGAACAGCAAAUCCUCCCAAGACUGGAGUUCAACGAACAGUUUUAUUUGUAAACACAAAUGAAAAUCUCGCUAGUACCAAGGUCAAAGAAUCUAUUAAAAGUGCAUUUGAUAAGGCUUUGAAAGAAUUUACUGGACAUGAUGGAACAAUCGCAUCUACAGCUGCCACAGCUUUUGCUGAUCUUGUUAGACUUAUGAGAUUAGCAAAAAAGAAUGAUUUGACUGUUUCAUAUCAGUCAAUGAAAACAAACCAGCUCAGCAAUCGUCAAAGUGGUAACAAAGCUCUUGGUCGUGCACUUUUCCUCGAUGCUCUCUUCAGAACAGGAACAGGUGAUUCAGUUUCAGCUCUUGUAGAUCUCUCUAAAAAAGAGUUGGAUGAUAAAGAAAAGAACUUGAUGUACUUGAGUUUCAAUACAGUUACUUCAGUAACAAAAGAUGCCAUCACAUCACUCGUAAAAUUAUUCGCUGAUAAUUUGCCUAAGGAAGCUUACCUUAGUAUUGGAAGCAUCGUUAGUAAAUACUGUCGUGAACGAAACUGUGAGCCAAACGAUAUCAAAAUAAUUGCAGAUAAAUUCAUCGCCAAAAUUCCAAAGGAUUGCGUAACAAAGAAUAAAAAGGAUGAGGAACAACUCGUAUCUGUUCUUAAGGGGAUCCGUAACAGUCAGACAAUUCUUAACAGUGCCUUAAACAAUAUUAUUGCAUGUGCGAAUAGUCAACGUCCAAGUCGUGUUCGUGUUGCUGCACUUCAAGCAAUGACAGCUAAUCCAUGUAAUAAAAAGUUACAACAAUCAGCAAUUCAGGUCAUGAAGAGUCGUGAUGAUGACAGUGAAGUUCGUAUUGAAGCUUAUUUGACAGCAGUUGAAUGUCCAAAUGGUGCAUUGGCUAAUGAAAUUCAAGCUAUGCUGGAUAGUGAAACAAUAAAUCAAGUCGGUUCUUAUGUAUCAACACACAUCAACUCAAUUCGUGCCUCAACUGAUCCAAAACGUGAAGCAGCUCGUUAUCAAUUUAGAAAUCUGAGAACCAGUAAGAAAUUUCCAUUUGAUCCACGUCGUUAUUCAUUCAAUCGUGAGGUCAGCUAUGCUAUUGAUAGUCUCGGACUUGGAUCAGCAGUUGACACAUCUGUCAUUUAUAGUCAACGAUCAUUCUUACCAAGAAGCUUGCGCCUCAAUGUUACUGGUAGUCUUUUCGGUAAUUCUUUCAACUUCUUUGAAUUGUCAGCUCGUCAAGAGAACUUUGAAACUAUUGUUGAACGUUACUUUGGACCACGUGGAAUCUUCAAUCGUUUGUCAAAACAGGAACUCUAUGAUACCUUCAUGAAUGAAUUUUCAUCAAAUGAUAGAUCAAAACGUGCAAUUCCACAAGAUAUGGCACAGUUUGAUAAAACAGUUAAGUUAUCAAAUGAAUUUAAUCGUGAUCCAGAUAUUGAUUUGUCAAUGAAAGUUUUCGGAACUGAGCUUUACUUCUUGUCAAUGAGUCAAAAUAUGCCUGCAACACCAAGUGACUUUCUUCAAUUUUUAAUUAAAGAAAUGCAGAAGGGAGUUGAUGCAUUAAAAGAUUUCAACUACAAUUUUGAGAAUCACGCACUUUGGCUUGAUUCAGAAAUCGUAUAUCCAACAGCUCUUGGUUUACCAUUCAAAUUAAUCGCUACUGGAGCUUCAGCAGUUAAAAUUGACUUAUCAGGAUCAAUCGAUGUAAAGAAAAUUCUUGAAAAUCCAUUAGACUCAAAGUUUGAAAUUAACUUCAGUCCAGCUGCUAAUAUUUUUAUUGGUGCAACUCUUGGAUUUGGCGCGUAUGCUUACGAAACAGGUUUAGAAGUUUCUGGCACUGCUUAUACUAACUCAGGAUCAAACACAACUGUCGAAUGGCAAGGUGGACAAAGUUUUACAAUCAAAUCAAUUCCAACAUUAAAGAAUCAAUAUUUCGUUGAAAUGAAGCAUCAAAUAUCAACAGUAUCACAAGAAACUGGACGUGAAGCUGUGAAAGUUCCAGUAAAAUUCAUGGGACAUGAUCAUGAAACAUCACUCUGCUUUGAUCAACUAGAAUUCCUAACUGGUGCAUCAUAUUGUUUUGAAUUGGCAUCAACACCACAAGGAAAACCAGAUGAACAUGCACUUUGGCCAUUAUAUGGAAGCAGUAACUUUGCAAUGCGACUAGAAAUGGUUGACUCAAUCACUUUUCGCACUGAACUUGAUAUUAGUGAAACACCAUCAAUCACCUUCUACCACGAUACACCAAAUGGAGGCAAGCCACGACAAACAACAUUAAAACUUCUUUCAAGCAUUAAACCAACACAUUAUUCAGCUGGGUUUGAGCUAUCAGCACCAAUUAUGACUGGACCAUUUGAAGUUAGUGCUAAAGUUGGCUUCGUAAAUGAAGAAAACUUGAAGAAGCUUUACGGACAAGGAGGGUAUCAGAAACAAAAAUAUGACUACGAGGUUGGUUUCAAGAAGCAAGGAAAUGAAAUUGUUCCAAUUUUGAAACUUAAUACUGACAUGUCAUAUGUAUCAGGUAAAAUUAUUGAAUCGAAAACUUCAAAGGGUGUUUCAUAUGCACUUCAAACAAUCAAAUUUGGACGUGAUGACUACCAAACAACAAUUGAUGGUUCGGUUAGUGUUGAAGGUCCAAAACUUGUUUCAAAGCUGAAAUUUGAUGUUGGUGGCAAAAAAGUUGAUUUGGAUGGAAGCCUUGGAUAUAAUAAAGGACACUUUGAUACAGAUGUUACUCUUAUGUCUGAUAAUAUUCCGUCAGCAAAUGGUAAAUUUGAAUAUGAUAUCAAGUAUUCUGAAAAGUCAUUUGGAAAUGACUUGACACUUGUUUGGGGCAAAGAUUUAUCUUCAAAACAAAAUCGCAUUGAAUGGUCUCAAAAGGCAGAAUGGGGUGGAGAAAAUUGUAAAGUUAAGAAUGAAAUUACUCUUGGAUACAUUGAUGCUGGUGCUAAAUUUAAUGGAGAGUUUGGAAAGAAGAUCUUAAACCUUGAUGCAUCUGGUAAUUAUAAAACUUCAAAUGCUGAACUUAAACUUGACAAUAAAUAUAGUCAGAAGCAGCCACAUGAUUAUGAAACAAGUUUCUAUGCUGGAUCAAACAAGAAAUCUAUCAAGAUUGAAAUGUCGAGAGACAUUGAAGGUGAAUCAUCACGUGUCAAGAAUAAAUUGGAACUUUCUACUGGACUUAAAGUUGAAUUAAAUGGCAAAAUUUCUCACAAGAUUACAUAUAAUGAUUGCGAUGUCUCAUUGCAAGGAACAUUUGUACCUGGUCCAAAGAAGGAAGUCACUAAAGUCACAUACAUGGUUAAGAAUACACAAAAAGGACAUGAUGGAUCCUGGAAGGUUCUUGUAGGUCGAAAUGAAAUUGCUACUGGAGAAUCAAAACUUAAUUAUGGACAGGAUAUCAAGGGUAUAAUGAAAAUAAAUGUCAAGGAUACAGUGAAUGUUGAUGGAACAUAUGAAUCUAAGAAAGGAAAAGGAAAUAUGGUAUUUAAUGUUGGUCUUAAAGAUAGAAAAUUACGUGCUGAAACACAGUUUAUAGUUCAAAAACCUGUUUAUGAUUUCGCAUCAGACUUCUACUAUGACUACGAGAAGGAUAACAGCAAAAAAAUCACAUUCUCAACUAAAAAUAAGGUUCAACCAAAAGCACUUGACUCUAAGAAUGUUUUAGAAGUAUUAAGUGAACGCUAUGUCCUCAAUUUUGGAGGAUCUGUUGAUGGUGAGACAAUCCCAGGUGGACAUCAAAAAUUGAAUUUCGAUCUUCAACUUCCAACUGGAAGAAAAGUGUCAACUGAUUUUGAUCGCGACUUUAGUGGUCUUAAAAAUGGAAAGGGAAAUGGUAAAGUUCACUGGACAUUCACAGAUGAGCUCCCAAAUCGACAACAAAGACAUGGACUCGUUGAUCUUACAAUUAAUAAUAUUGACAUGAAGAAUCGCUACUUUGACAUGGUUGAGUCAUUCAAGUACAAGGACUAUGAUAAUAAAGAUUACAAAUUACAACUUUCUAUCAAGAAUCUUGCCAAAGGACAUCAUUUCGCAACAGCAUCAGCAACAAUCCAAUCCGAUGGAGCUCUAAUGCCACAUCCAUUAACAGCAAACAUUAAGAUUGAUGAAUACUGCAAAGAACAUGCAAUUUAUUCAUUUAAUGGCAAAUAUGGAGACAUUGGUGAUAUUGAUGUCAGUGGAAAAUUCUAUGCUGCAAAUAAUGAACGUCCAUAUUCACAUGAUUUUACUGGAAAAUUAAAUUUACCAAAAAGUCAAUUCAAAACAAUUGAAGUCACAUCAAAUGGAAAAAUUGCUGAACCAGCUAAUGCUGAUGGAGUGUAUACAGUUGUCUACUCUGGAUCUGUUGACUAUACUGGUAAUAAAGUUCAAAUUGAUACUGAACUCAACUUCUCAAAAACUAAGGGCACUGGAUCAGCAAAACUUCAAUUACCAAACCAAAAGCCAUUUGGUGGUGAUUUUAAGUUUAAUUGCAAUCACAAGGACACAGCAGAUUCUCAACUCACCUUGACAUAUGGUGAUGAUAAAAAAAUUACUACAACAUUGAAAGCUCAAAUGCCUGAUGAGAAGAGUCUUCAACUUGGUGCAACAUUGGGUGGUGACUUACAAGUCCUCAAAGAACUUUCAAUUAACAUCGAUGCUAAACGUCCACAAGAUAAUUAUCUUCAAGCCACAAUAAAUGGAAAAUAUGAUAAUCAAGCAUACGCUAUGAACUUUGAACAACGUGCAUCAACAGAAGAUCCAAAACUUCUUAUUACAUUUACAUGUCCAAAAGGUCAAACAUCAAAAAUUCUUGCCGAAGCUCAAAUUGCUAGUUCAUUAAAGGGUAAAGGCAGUUUUGUGAUUGAGAAAUUAAAUAACUUUGAUCUCACAGCUAAUAUUGAUGGCGAUUUAACAUCAAUGGAGAACUUCUAUGUCAAGGGUGAUGUUGACUGUCCAACAUUAAAGAUGAACAAGUAUGAAUUUGAUGUUCAUUCCAAAGAUGCUGGUGGUCGUAAAGGAAUUGAAUACAAGGUAACCAGAGAGGGUAAACAUGUGAUUUCAGGAUCAACAGAUUACACCAUGAAGACUGACAAAGGAAAAACAAUUAUUGAAGGCAAAUCAACAGUUAAAUUAACUGAAGGAAAAUCUGAUGAUGUUACAUUCAAAUUGAUUCGCAAUGUCUAUGAACGUUCACGUGAUGGAGAGGUAGGAUUCGGUGGAAUGGUGACAGUUGCUAUGGGACCUAGAAAUUAUGCUAGUGAUAUUAAAAUAACUGACAAGGUAUUCCAUAUGAAAUAUACAGGAUGUGCUAAAAAGAAUUCAUGUACAAACUUUGAGGCUAAAUCACAACUUGAACAAUCUGAUGCAAGUGCAUUCAAACAUAAUUUGGAACUUACUGUUGAUCUUCGUAAGGCUGGGUUCCCACAUGAAUUUGGAUUAAAAUCAGAAACAAGCCGGGAAAACUUCAAAUUUUCACACACAUUAGAUGCUUAUCUUCAAACAAAAGAUAAACCAGAAUAUCAGUAUUCAGUUUUUAUUAAUCCAAAAGAAGCAGGUGCCUCAUUGUCCAUGCCAAAACGUGAAAUUUCACUCGAUGCUUCAUACAAGUAUCCACAAACCUUCUAUGGAGCUUAUGAAUCAACAAUUACAUUCUUUAUUGAUAAACGUAACAAGCCACAGAUGAAAAGUGAAGUUGGCUUUAAGGGAGAAAUUAAACAUGUAGGAACAAGUCAAUUGAUUGGAAAGGGUGACCUUAUAUUCACACAUCCAAAAGUUAAGCCACUUCGUGUUGGCGGUGAAUUCGAAGUCAAUACUGAGAACAUGCAUGGAAUGUCUAAGAUCGAAUUUGACAUUUUCACAAAACCAUUGGACAUGAUUGUUAUUCAAUCAAAGAUUGGAAAUGAUGAUACAAGUGGACAAGGCUUCAACUUGACAACAACUUGUGAGAUUUACUCAAAGGGUCUUGGAUUCAAUUACAAGAAGCAAGAAUACAUUGGAUUGUCUCUGGCUAGAAAGGAAUUUACAUAUGGAUAUGAAUUAGUUCUUCCUGUUGAUGACUUUAAAUUUAGCUUGAAUGCUUUUGCUUCAACCAAGAAUAUUGAACUUUCAGCUGUUGCAUUUAAUGAAGAAUUUUUGAAAACAACUGGACAAUAUAAUCCUGAAACUCAUAACUUUAAUAUGGAGGGAAGCUUUAGAUAUCUGAAAUCAGAACCGUUCGUUUCAAAAGCAUCACUUAAUGGACUCUCAGAAGGAAAAUUCACAUUAUCAAAGGGGCAACUCCUGAAUGUUGAUGGUGGUUAUGGAUUAGGCAAAGACAUUCAUAUGUUAGUUAAGGGAUCAGGCAAUGAAGUUUUUAAUGGUAAAGUUGCACUAGAUACAGCUCAAUUUUUAAAGACAUCAUAUAAGGUUGAUGAGGAACAAGUUAAAGCACUUACUACAGCAGUACAAGAUCAAAUCAAGAAGGAUAUAGAAACAGCUAAGAAGGAUGUCACAGACAAGUUUGAAAACAUCAAAAAAUAUGGAACAGAUAAGGUUGAAGCUGCUGAGAAGGCAUUGCAAGAUUUUAAGCAAUUCAAUCAGGAAUAUUCAAAAGAAAUUCAAGCACUUAUUCAAGAACUCCAAGAAGAUCAAAACGUCAUGAAAUUCAUUGAAAUUGUGUCUCCUGUUUUAACAGAAUUGUCAAAAUACUUUGAGGAGUUUGUAAAUAUUUUUGGUCAUAACUAUGAAAUCUUGGCAGAAUUUUUCCGAAAGAUGUGCAAUGAAUUAACUACAGCAUUUAAUGAACGUAUUUUACCAGAACUUAAAGCUUUCUAUAACAGCUUACAAGCUCUUCUCGAGGAAAUUAUAAGUCAAGGUACAAAAAUGGCUACUGCAGUUUUUGAAAGAGCAUCAAAGGCUCUUAAAUCAUUUGAGGAUGAUUUCAACAAGAUUUCGCAAUCAUUCAAGGAUAUUACAAGUGGAAUUUCAGAAUCAGUUACACAAUAUGUAAAUGGUAUCAUCGAGGAAGUAAAAGCAAUUUAUCAAAAUGUGCGAGAAACUUUAAAAUCACUUCCUGGUCUUGAUUCAUUGAAAACAAAAUAUGAUGAAUAUUUUGCAUCAUUCUCACCAAUUCAAGCAAUUGCAGCUGUUAUUGAAGAAGUUUUGUCAACAGUUAUGGACUUGGUACCAGAAAAUGCAAAACCAUUCUUUAACAAACUCAAUACUUACAUCAGAAAUAAGAUAGAAGGAUCAGAUGUCAAUGACAUGGAGAUUAUUAAAGAAAUUUACAGCCUCUUUAUUGAUGCCAUCCAGGCGCUCAAAAAAGAAUACCUUGAUACAGUCAAUUCAUCAUCAUCAGUUCUUCCAUUCUCACUUGACGCCAUUAAACGCCUUCCGCCAUUGUUCUCAAAUGUACGAUUCUCAGUCAUUUCACAGCUCGCUUCUGACCCAAUUGUAAGCUUUAAAGAUGUUCUUUAUUUAUAUCGACCAUACGCAUUCAAUCCAAUUGAAGCUAUUCCACCAUUUACAAUGCAUGGAGAAAUUGCUGAUGGUUCACAUAUCUUUACAUUCGAUGGACGUCACAUGACAUUCCCUGGUGAAUGCACAUACAUUUUGGCACGUGACUUUGUUGAAGGAAACUUUAGUAUUGUUGCAAACAUGAAGAAUGGAAAGAUGAAGUCAAUUACUGUCCAAGAUAGGACUGCAUUUGUUGAAGUCAAUGCUGACGGUAAUGUCAAAUAUAGAGACAGAGAUUCUGAUUUCCCAAUUCAUGACAAGACAAUCCACGCAUGGCGUGAUUACUUCACAUUUAAUCUAUUAACAACGUUCGGUGCAAGUGUUGAAUGCUCAAUGGAUCUUACAAUUUGUCAUAUUCAAGUAUCUGGAUUCUAUGCUGGUCGAACACGUGGUCUUAUGGGUAAUGGUAAUGGUGAACCUUAUGAUGAUUACACACUGCCUGAUGGAAAAAUUGUUGACAGUACAACAGACUUUGGUAAUGCCUAUAAGUCACAAAAAUCAUGUGGUGCAGUCACUAAGUCGAUGGAUGGACAUCAAAAGUCUCAUACAAAUGAAUUCUGUGCUGAUUAUUUCGGACGUGAUUCAUCAGUUCGUCUUUGUUCAUUGUUUGUUGAUCCGACAAAUUAUCAAGAAGCUUGUGAACAUGCUACUCAUGAUGCUGAAAAUCCACAAGCUGAAGCCUGCAAAAUUGUAAGCGUUUACGCUUCAAGAUGUCGUCAGGAAAUGAUUCCAGUUACAAUUCCAAAAGGUUGCACUCAAUGUAAUGUUGACCCACAGAAAGUUGAUAUCGGAGAUGAAGUUUCAAUUAAAGUACCACAAAAACAAGCAGAUAUUGUUGUUAUUUUCGAUACUGCAGUUGAAAAAGACCUUACUGUUGCCACAGAAAUUGUAAAUGAAGUAAGACGAGAAUUGAAGAUUCAAGGAAUCGCAGAUGUUAAUGUUGCUGCAAUUGGAUACAAUGCAAACGAUCGCUAUGCAUCAUUAUACACAACAAAGGGUAAACUUGACUUUAAGGGCAAAUUUGAGACACUUAAAGGAACUGGAUUGCCAGAAGAUGAAAUUGUUAAGACAGGAAACUUUGAAGUAGACAAUGUAGUCACAGAAGUGGAAAAGAUUAAUAAACAAACUAAACGAGACUACAAUUUGUCUCCAGAUGCUAGAGCAUUUAGAAAGGCACUUGCAUAUCCAUUCAGACCAACAGCUACAAAGACUAUUUUGGCUAUCAGAAGUGACGGAAUUCCAUAUUCAAUCAAUCCAGCUAAAUUAACAACUGGACAGUUGAGUAUUGAAUUGACAUCAAAGGCUGGUAUUGCAGUUCAUGCAAUCAUGCCAGUAAAGAUUACUGAACCAGCAGAUAAGGCAAAGAAUAUUGUUGGUUUCAACAGCAAUGUCGCACUUUUGAUUAAUGAAAAGAAACGUCCAAAUAUGGGAUCAGUUGAAGUAAAUAACAAACUUAAAUAUGAACAAGAUAUGGGUGUCGAUCUCACAAGACAACGUGGCUAUGUAUUCAAUCUUAAUAACUAUGCAACAGACAAAAAGAAGUUUGUUGGAGUUGCUGGUUUUGUUCUCGCCGAUUCAAUUGCACGCACAGAAGUUGUCAGCGAGUGCAAGUGCUACCUAAGAAAUGGAAUCUAUCCAAAUGUGGGAUGUAUAUCAAAAUCAACUCAACUUUUAGCACCUAAAAAGACAGCAGCAAGAGGUUAAACAACAGAUAUCGCAGAAAAAAUCUUAUCAUCACAAUUUUAAAAACAAAAGAAAAUUUACGUUUAUCAUUAAUUGGUAGUUUUAUACGAUUUAAAAAUCUUUGAAUAAUAAUUUACAUUAUUUCAUUUUUUGACCUAAGAAUUUAAGUAAUGACAAAAUUAAAGCGACUUUUAAGAAAUCAUAUUUUUUAAUUUGUGAACAUUUCAGGAAAUUGAAUUUUUGGCAAUUUUAUGACUGAAUAAAAAUUUUAAUAUU